CUCAAAUCGGUCGCCAUUUUGAAAUCCAAAUCGCUCACAUUACACCCGCUCUGUAAACUGGAACUAUGCCGCGGGGCCGGCCGCGAAAACAAAGGAUUAAAGAUGACAACGAAAUCGAUGGAGGUCAGGAAGCAAUUUCAGAAAACCAGAAGCACGUGGAAAACAAAUGUAAUAUUUGCUCCCAGAAUUUUCCCAGUGAGAGUCAACUUCAGAGACACCUACGAGACCAUGAGGUCAAUGAUAAGCCAUAUCGGUGUGACCAGUGUCCUAUGUCCUUUAAUGUGGAAUACAAUCUUGGCCUUCAUAAAUCCACUCACACCACCAGUGAUCCCAAAUGCCAAGUAUGCAAUAAGAAGUUCUCAAGAGUGGCCAGUCUGAAGGCUCAUGUCAUGAUACACGAAAAAGAAGAGAACUUCCUGUGCUCUGAGUGUGGAGAUGAAUUUAUUCUUCAGAGUCAGCUUUCUUUGCAUCUUGAGGAACAUAGGCAAGAACUCAGUGGAACAAAGUCACACACUUGCAAGACCUGCAGCAAAGAGUUCUCAACACAAAACCAGCUGAAAGAACAUUUGAAAAGUCAUUCUAAACUCAGGCCUGUUUUAACAAGUUCAAGAAACUAUAAGAACAUUGAUCGGAGAGGAUUCAGGAACAUUUGUCACCACUGUGGGAAGACAUUUAAAAAACCCAGCCAGCUUGUUAGACAUAUUCGCAUUCAUACAGGUGAGAGGCCAUAUAAAUGCAAUCACUGUGGAAAGGCCUUCAAUCAAAAGGUGGUGCUGCAGACACACAUGGUGCGACACACAGGGGAGAAACCUCACAUGUGCAUGCAUUGUCCUGCCUCUUUCUCCCAAAAAGGAAACCUUCAUUCGCAUGUUCAGCGAGUUCACUCUCAGGCAACUGAUGUUCCACUCUUCCCAUGUAUGGACUGUAGCUGUGUCUAUAAAAAGCUUGGCAGCCUCAAUGCUCACAUCAGCAAAAUGCACAUAUCAGUAAUGGAAGUUGAGGAGCCAGCAACACAGAAAGGAAAUGCAAGGAUUGAUCAGGGUGCAGUGGGGUCAGAAGGGGCCGAGGGUGUAACAGAUGUGAUCCAACAGCUGCUGGAGCUGUCUGACCAUGUGACGGCAGACGGUGCUCAAGCACCUGCCCCUGGGCAGGCCAUAGGCACAGCCAUCAACCAGGACAUCCUACAGCAAGCUCUGGAGAACAGUGGACUGACUGAGAUUCCAGUUCAGCCUGAAGCUCAGAGCAGCUCAGAAAAGCUUCAGCCAGACACAGUUGCCACGACUGCCACUUCAACAAGUGAUGGACCAGUCCCCUCCAAAAUACUUAUUACUGACACCAUUGUAAAAAAGGAGAAAAGAAGCAUCAUCAAAAAGCCUCCACAGAUGCUAGGCACCAUCAGGCAGGAGAAUGGUGUGAGGUGGCACGGCUGUCCAUACUGCUCCAAAGAGUUCAAGAAGCCCAGCGAUCUGGUCCGUCAUAUCCGUAUUCACACUCAUGAGAAACCUUACAAGUGCAAGCAGUGCUUCCGUGCCUUUGCAGUCAAGAGCACCCUGACUGCCCACAUGAAGAUCCACACAGGCAUUAAAGCUUUCGAGUGUCAGUACUGCAUGAAACGGUUCUCCACAUCUGGGAGCAUGAAGGUCCAUCAGCGUCUCCACACUGGUCAACGUCCGUUCCCUUGUCCUCACUGCGAGAAGUUCUUCCGUACAUCAGGCCACAGGAAAACCCAUGUCACUUCACACUUUAAGAGUAUACACCAUAAAAAACACAAAUACCCUCGAAAAACUCACAAAACCAGAGUGUCCAGGAGCAAUCUGCCUUUGCCUGAUAUACCUCUCCAGGAGCCAAUCCUCAUCACAGACAUGGGGCUCCUGCAGAGCCAGAACUCACGGGCCGCACUGCAGCAGUAUCUGGACAUCAUGGAGAAUGACCGUCCGUAUAAGUGUGGAUACUGCAGCAAAGCCUACAAGAAGUCAAGUCACCUUAAGCAGCACAUCAGGUCACAUACAGGUGAGCGGCCGUAUAAGUGCCUGCAGUGCAGUAAGGGCUUUGCUUCAUCCGGCGUACUGAAAGCUCACAUCCGCACACACUCUGGCCUCAAAGCCUUCAAGUGCCUGCUGUGUGACACCACCUUCACCACCAGCGGGAGCCUGCGACGCCACAUGACUACCCACAGCGACAUACGGCCCUACAUGUGUCCCUACUGCCAGAAGACCUUCAAAUCCUCGCCCAACUGCAGAAAGCACAUGAAAACACACAGGUAUGAGCUGGCACAACAGCUGCAACAGCAGCAGAGCUCAAAUGACAUGGAGCCGUCCACAGCCGUGGUUGGCACAGGGUCCCAGAGCAUGCUUGAGGUGGUGGGAGACGGCCAACAGGUGACACUGCCCACUGCGCUGGCGGAAGAUGCUCUGCAAGAAACAGAAUCGUUUGUGAGUGCGCAGCAUGCUCACAUGGGACAGUUUGAGGCACCCGCGCUGCCUCAGUCCACCUUUGAACAGCCGGCUAUGACGCAAGGUUUCACCAUAUCUGAGGGAUUUACUCAGCAGGCACAUUUCUCUUCAGUACAGCAGCUUCAGGACUCGAGCACACUGGAGUCACAAGCCUUGACCGCCAGCUACCACCCUCCCAACAUACUGCACGUAACACACUCCGAGACGAGUGGUUUAUUGCAGGAAGCGAGUCAAGGAGAGCUACAGCUGUCUAUCCAGACGCAAGACUUCCAGGAUGAGGAUGAAAUCAACAAGAGAGUCUAUCAGUGCAGUAUGUGCGAUAAGAGCUUUAAAAAGUCCAGUCACCUAAAGCAGCAUGUGCGCUCUCACACUGGAGAGAAACCUUAUCGCUGUAACCUCUGUGGGAGGAGCUUUGUGUCCGCUGGAGUGCUCAAAUCACACCUGAACACACACACAGGAGUGAAGGCUUAUAAGUGUAACAUUUGUGACACCUGCUUCACCACUAACGGCAGUCUGAACCGACACAUGGUCAUCCACUUGAACACAAAGCCCUUCAAGUGCACAGUCUGCGAUGAAAGCUUCCGCACCGUCAUGCUGCGCAGGAAACACUUGAAACUCCUGCAUGCUGUCGGUCCCAAAGUUCUGGAAACUGAUGAAGGUGAGGAGGAUGAUGAGUCCGACCGCUCAGGGAUGAAAAGAAACCGCAGUGGUAUCAUCACAUUAACUGAAGAGCAGACAGCAGAGCUGGCGAAGAGAGACCCCGGGGAUGAAGCAUCUCUUUCAGAGAAGGUUCUUGCUCAGACAGCUGCUGAACGAGAUCGAAUCAGCGAAGUCAAAGACAAAUGUGUUGAGCUCAACAUAGAGCCAAAGUUUGCAAACCGUUGCCAAUUCUGCCCAAAGAGCUUCAAGAAGCCCAGUGACCUAGUGAGACACAUCCGGAUACAUACAGGCGAGAAACCAUACAAGUGUGAUGAGUGUGGGAAGUCUUUCACAGUAAAAUCCACACUGGACUGCCAUAUUAAGACGCACUCAGGGCAGAAGCUGUUCAACUGUCACAUGUGCAACACAUCCUUCUCCACGAAGGGCAGUCUCAAGGUCCAUAUGCGUUUACACACUGGCUCCAAACCCUUUAAGUGCCCUCACUGUGAUCUCCGCUUCCGGACAUCUGGUCACCGCAAGACCCACAUCCAGGGUCACAUCCGGCCCUCGGACCGGAAGGCCAAGCGGAGCUCCAGCACUGAGCCACAAAGCUCAGGAAGACGAGAAGUCCAAAGUGUUUCUCAGACUCAGCAUCCCUCCUCAGCUGUGGACACUCAGCCUUCUGUAGGACUAUUACAGACUGCCACAACAGAUCCUAGCAUCUACAUCCCAGGAAACUCAGUGCUCGCAGGCCAAUAUGACCCCAGUCUGCUGCAGCAAGGGCUGGUAGGGCAAGCUAUACUGCCUGCUACUGUGUCAGCUGGUGGGGACCUGACUGUGUCUUUGUCAGAGGGUCUCGCUACACUUGAAGGCAUUCAUUUGCAGCUCACACCUACAAACCUGGUGUGUCCAAAUGUGCAGAUCUCUGGGAUAGACCCCAGCAACAUCAACAACAUCACUUUGCAGAUCGACCCUAGUAUUCUGCAGCACGGCAGUUUGCUGUCUCACUCUCUGACGACUGACUCCGGUCUGACGCCGCACACAACAGCUCACCUCAUGACUGCUGGAGAUGCGUCGGUUCCUGCUAAUGUAGUCCUUCACCCUCUGAGCGGCCUCUCGCUGCAGCCUCCACCUGCCUCGGCCAGCGUCACCAUCAGUAACCUGACAAACGAGCAGGAGAAUGCCAGUUCUCAGGAGCUGUCGCAGGUGUCUAAUGCUGCAGGUCUUGUAAGCGGUGGCAACAGUGCUCCAGAAAUCACUCUGACUAUUAAUAAUUCCAGUCUGACACAAGCUUUAGUACAGACCAGUGCUGCUAGGUCCACACCUGCCACCAGUACACGGGAGAUCACACUCACUAUAGCAGGUCAGGACCUGUUACCCCAGCACUGUCCCACCUCUACUUCAAAUAUGAACACUGAGAUCAGACUGGCUCCAGGCAGCAACAGUCUGACGCUAAGCAAUGAGCAGCUACUUCCUCAGAGUCCUCCUUCCUCAGCUAUGACUGUCAAUGCACUGGCACCCAUCACCUCCCUGUCCCAGACAAGCAUGUCCGCUCAGAGCCUGGUAAUGUCGACAGCGAGCAUGGUCAGCGAUGGCAGCGUGACUCUGACUCUAGCGGACACACAGAUACUGGAUACGGUUUCUCUCAACCUGAACACACAGAUCAUAGAUAACCAGACGGAGGAGAAGGAAGCAGAGACACAGCAGAAGCACCAGUGUUACUACUGUACUCAGGUGCUGCUGACAGCCAAUGCUCUCCGAAGACACUGCAGACAGGUUCAUGGAAAGGACCGCUGCCACGUAUGCCGUGUCUGCAAUAAAGCUUUCAAACGAGCCACACAUCUCAAGGAGCAUGAGUAUGUCCAUAAGAAGGGACCCAAAGUGAACUCUCAGAAGCCCAAAGUGUUCAAAUGCCCUAACUGUGACAAAGCCUUUUCCAAACCCAGCCAGUUAGAAAGACACAAUCGCACACACACAGGUGAGCGGCCCUUUAAGUGUCCGCAGUGUGACAAAGCGUUCAAUCAGAAAAGUGCUCUGCAGGUGCACAGGGUCAAACACACAGGCGAGAAGCCCUACAGGUGUGAAGUGUGCACUAUCAGCUUCACUCAAAAGAGCAACAUGAAGCUGCAUAUGAAGAGAUCUCAUGGUUGUCUGCCGUCCUCCAGCAAACUGAUUGCGAAACCACAGGAAGUAGAAGUGGUGCUGGACCACGAUUCGGAGUCAGAUUCCCAGCAGGAACAGUCACAGGAGGACAAAGAGACUCCGUCAGGGCUGGAUCUGGAGGAGGAGGUGCAGGAGUCUUCAGAAGAAUGGCAGUGUCCCAUCCCCGCAGUCUUUCCAUGAACACCUGACAGCAGCAUCUGAUUUCAGUAACAUUUGCUUGAUUUGAUAUUAGCAAUGCCAAUUACUAUCUUUUUAUUCUCGCCAGCAAUGUGACUUACAUUGCACAAAUCACACAUUUAUUUAUGUGAAUGUACAUGAUUUUGUAUAAUUCUUGUUACAUUAGAAAACUAGUCAAAGACAGAACUUGCUUUUGUGUUUAAGAGUAAUUUUUUUUUUUAUUAUUAUUAUUUUUUACUAUUUUUAAUUUGGAGCCAUAUUUGUCACUUCUGAAGUAAAUAUUGUAAUUGUGUAUUGGAAUGGACAUUCUGCAGUUUUCAGUUGUAUCCUUACCUGUGGUAAAACUAAAACACUUGUUUAGCACAGACAACUGUCUGACAUUGUCAGUAUGUCACAAGACUAAUCUAAUAUACUAGAGGUGUAGAGCUGUUUAUUUGAUUUAAUCCUCCAUCUAUCAUAUAAAUCAGUUUUAUAGGAAUAAUCACAAUUUGGCAAACUUUUUUGUAAUAUGCAAAAAAAUAUUUAAGAAUAAAUGUAGGAGUUUUUUUCAGCGUU